AUGGCGACCACCACAACAACAACUACUACUCAAACCCUCUCCGUUCUCGCCGACUACGAAGUCCACCACAGCGGCGCCGACCACGAGAGCGAACAUGAACCAGUAACCUCUCCACAGCCUGUGGAAUGGCCUACACAUCAUCGUCGCAUGCCGGAAUUUCGGCCUACAAAUCGCAACUUGUCGUUUGAGGAAAGACCCGGUGGUAGUAAUCCGGCCGAAAUGGUGUUUAUCCAGGUUAUGUUGCAUGGCGUAUGGCUUAAUGCUGCAGUGUCCAGGCUUUGGCGGUUUACUGGCGGAAGAAUCAAUGAUAAGAUCUUUCAUUAUGAGGUUGGAGGAGAAUGGUAG